CCCACAAGGCCCCGCGCAAUGGCGCCGCCGGGGCCGGGAGCGGAGCCGCGCUUGGCGGGGCCCGGGGGAACGGGGUAGCUCUGAAACUGGCCCAGAUGGCCAGGCUUUUUCGGAGGGAAAGAAGCAGUGGUGGAGACUCUCGGGACACCUGCACAGCUCUGGAGCAAGAGAUGAAGAAGUUUUGCUAUUAAAGCAGUUUGGUCACAGGAGGCUCCAACAGAAAACUGCACCGGGACAACAUCACAGCGAGACACCCACAGGCUCGAGUUCUGCUUGACAUGGCCAUGUUCUACUAGACCUGCCAUGACGGCAUUUUUUCCCACUGUUCCCAACUGGAUUCAAGAUGCAAAGCAGGAGGAGGAAGAGACAGGCUGGAAAUUAGUCCCCAGACCAAGAGGUGAAGAAACCGAAAGUCAGGGAAAAUGCCAGUGUGAACUAUCGGAGCCCUCCUUCCCUCACGUGGACAAGCUGAGAACUCACACACUUUCCCAUUCAGAGCAGAGGCCCUACAACUGCCCCCAGCUGCACUGUGGCAAGGCCUUUGCCUCCAAGUACAAGCUCUAUAGGCAUAUGGCCACGCACUCUGCUCAGAAGCCCCACCAGUGCAUGUACUGCGAGAAGAUGUUCCACCGGAAGGAUCACCUUCGGAACCACCUGCAGACCCACGAUCCCAACAAGGAGGCCCUGCACUGUCCCGAGUGCGGCAAGAACUACAACACCAAACUGGGCUUCAGGCGACACCUGGCCAUGCACGCGGCUGCCAGCGGUGACCUCAGCUGCAAGGUGUGCCUCCAGACCUUUGAGAGCACCCAGGUCCUGCUGGAGCACCUCAAAGCUCAUUCCAGGAGGGCUUCCGGCGGGGCGAAGGAGAAGAAGCAUCCGUGUGACCACUGCGAUCGGCGCUUCUACACCCGGAAGGACGUGCGGAGACACCUGGUAGUGCACACGGGGCGGAAGGACUUCUUGUGCCAGUACUGUGCUCAGAGGUUUGGGAGGAAAGACCACUUGACCAGGCACAUGAAGAAAAGCCACUCCCAGGAACUGCUGAAGAUUAAGACGGAGCCAGUGGACAUGUUGGGUCUGCUCAGCUGCAGCUCCUCUGUGGCAGUGAAGGAAGAGCUGAGUCCUGUCCUGUGUAUGGCAUCCAGAGACAUGAUGGGUGGUAAGAGCUUCCCUGGCAUGCUGCCGGUGGGCAUGUACAGCACACAUCUCCAAACCAUGCCAAGCUCAGGGAUGCCCCAUUCUUUGGUUCCUAAUUCUCUUCCAAUGGGAAUGAGCUAUCCUCUGGAGUCUUCUUCUCCCAUCUCCUCCCCACCGCAACCUCCUCCAAAGUAUCAGCUUGGAUCUACCUCAUAUUUGCCUGAGAAACUACCCAAAGUAGAGGUGGACAGCUUUUUGUCAGACUUCCCUGGCAGUCUGUCUCUCUCAUCUGGUGAUCCUCAGUCCUCUUCGCCUCAGCCACCCGCCCUGGAUGAGGCUUUGCUUUCCAAGAGCCCUGCUAACCUCUCAGAGGCUCUCUGUGCUGCUAACAUGGACUUUUCUCAUCUUCUUGGCUUCCUUCCCCUAAAUCUUCCUCCUUGCAAUCCACCUGUCUCAUCGGGGGGAUUGGUCAUGGGCUACUCGCAGGGGGAGGCGCAGCCACUGCUCACCACUUUGCAACAUCAACCUCAAGAGUCUCCCGGAGCCGGGGCCUCGCUGAACUUUGGGCCCCUUCAUUCACUGCCCCCCGUCUUCACCUCCAGCUUGAGCACAACCACGCUGCCACGGUUCCACCAGGCAUUCCAAUAGGCUGGAAAUAGCACUGGAGAACAGAUCUUUCAGUCACCCUUUUGUGGAGAGCCUUAAAAACGCACAACUCUUCCUUCCUUGGGGGUGUGAAAGCUCUGGCAGAGCUGGGUCAGACAGGAGGUUUCUGAUCUCGGAGGGAGCACUUGUAGACUGGAACCUGUGCAAGUCCCAGUCCUGUACAGCAGAAAGAUUUCAGCUGAUAGACUGGAUAUAUUUUAUCUAAUUUUUAAUCUGUGAAUCAGGAGCCGCGCUUAGCACUGACCUUCCCUGAGAAUGCUGGAGCUGUAUUCCUCUCUGGGAAGGGACUGUCCCUCAGAAGGAGUUGAGACUCUUUCAUCCUGGGCUAAACUUUUGAAGAGUCCAGCUUCCAUUUCAUGUUACCACACUGCAAUUCUGGCAAACCAGCCAACACCUCCACAUGGAGAAGAAGUCAUGAUACCGCUCUGUAUGAAGCCAAUGGGGAAGAGGCUGUCCUUCCCUGCUACCUCUCAUCCCAUCACCCAACACAGCUUACUCCACAUCAGUGUUAAGCAACAAGCCCGUUUACAUAGUGAAUUCAACAUCACCUCUUUGGAGCUGUUAGGAUAAACUCCUUAUGGUGAACAUUGUUUACACAACACAAAUCUGUUUCUGCCAUUGCAAAAAUAGGAGGCACCAGAAUACACUGGGUUCAUCUCUGGUGUAGCUAGAACACUGUUUACACAACGAAGUCAGGUUGCACUGAUUUCUCUUCACUUAUCAUGUUCUUCCCCCAUGGGGAAAUACACUGCUUUUGGACCACUUCAGCCUCUGCCCCUGUAGGCAGCAGCUUCCUGCCUUUUCUCGCUGGCUGUCCCGAGUGAAGGGGACGGAGCAGCUCUCACAGCUUAGCUUGGUGUGCGAUGUAUGGACAGAGCCCUUUCAAAUAUCUCCCCCAGGCAAACAGAUCUGGAAACCAAAGCACGUGAGAGAGCUGGGUGAGGAGCUCAGCACAUCAAGCACUGGCACACCAGGCAUGGGUGAGAACAAGCUGCAGGCCCUGCUCCAUAGGUUCCCUUGGGAUGAGAAACAGAGUAUGAGUUUCUGGGGUUUGGAGUUUUUUAACCACUCAUUGAGGUCAAUACCCUUUUUGGCUUAUGCAGGAAGCAAUCUCAAAGGUAUAUUUUAACCUCAAUGGUGAUAACAUCCAAGAAUCAAGGAAAAAUUGGUCCCAGCUUCAUGUACAUACUAUCAGUGUAUUUGAAGCAUUUCUCCCAACACCAAUAGUUCUAACAAAUGCUGAGGUUUGGGGCCUGCAGUCAACUUUUCACUUUGGAUUUGGUUCCACUGGCCUUUUUUGUUCUCUCCUGUUUGAGCCUUGCCUCCUGAAGUUAAAGUCCUGCUUCCCUUGCUCCCUGCCCUACCUCUUCAACUCUUCCAUGGGCUGUCUACCUACCAGGGCAGAAGGGUUAUACUGGGAAGAGGCAGCCAGCUGCUGGUGUCACUUAGCACCUGUAUUGUCUCCUGCUCCUGUUCUCCUGGGGCUUAUACUGCAGAUGGGGACAUACAGAGGUCACUCUGCCCUGGUGCAUAUUUAUGACUAUGGACGGGCAGAUCUUCAUACCUCAGCAUGGAGGAACCAUUGUAGGCCAGUAUAAACCAGGAAAUCUGUCAAUAUUGUUCUCCAUAAAUCUAGGAAAUGCAAAAUCUACCUCUACUCUGUUAUCUCAGCUCCUUGGGUGAAGCCAGAUGCUGUCCUCCCUUGUCUCCCCACAGCACAUCCACCUCAGUUGAUGCAGAUUCCUUCCUGCUGAGCCAUGAUCCCACUCUGUGACAUCAGCUGUGCCUCUUUUGGUCACAGGCUUGUCCCCCUUCCAUUUUACUCCAGAAUUUUAAUUUUAAUUUAGCUUAGUAAUUCUUCCCAGAAUGACUCUUUAGCAAUCCAUUGAUUCUCCAGAACAUAGAUCGGUUUUUUAGGUUAGCCAGCAAUGCUGCAAAUAAGACUUUUGUAUCAAAAUGUAAUAUAAGAUUUAUUUACCUCAGCAAUAUCCUGUGGCAAUGAUCUCCCCGAGUUGAAUGCAGUACUUUUUCCUUUUCUCCACUGGAAAAUGUUGCCUUUCCAAGUCCAACGAGUGCCUUCUUGUUCUCUAACCUAGCAAAGGUAAACAGGGCAUUGCAGCCAGUCUGUUUACCAGCAUUGAAUACCUCAGGCCUGUCUUCUAUUGCUUUGCUCUUUGCAAAUUAAAAGAGUUUCACACUGUUAUCAAUGAUAUGCAAGCCUUAUCCCUGUCUUCAGUUGAGAGGAUUAUUAUUUUUUGAGAAGUAAAUGGUCAUAACUGAUCACUCACUGCCAGUGAGGAUGAUCAGAUUUAUGCAAUGCCAUCACACACCUUCUCCCACUGCAGAACAUUCAGCUUUUUUGCUUCCUGCCUGCAUUGUACUCUGAACAGAUGUCAUCACUGGAAUUCCUUUAGCAGUGGUAGCUAAACUUAGAGCCAGGCAUCUUUUUCCUACCAGUAGUCUGUCAAAGAAUAAAUGGAAUUCAUUUUGCUAUGAUUUGCACGUGUGAUUUGCUUUCCACAGCUACUUUAACAAGCAGAACUGCAGUAACCUUUGGCAAUACAAGGAAAAUCUAACCCAGCAAUGGCAGCAUGGUCAGAGACAGCAUUGGAGCUGAUUCCAGGUGUUUGCACAGGAAAAAUGGAUUCGAAGUUCCUCUACCACAACAGCUUGUAAUCAGAAAAUAUUUUACCAGAGACUAAUUCCAUUUGAAAUAGCAAGUAUGCAAUGCACAGAACAAAUAUAGUGAACAACUUCUACCUGUUUAUAAGAAAAUACUUUGAGCAUCCAAGCUUACAGCACUUGGGAAUCCCAGUCCACUAGGACAUGUGUACCAAGCUCUUAGGCAAGUCAGUGAAAGUCAUCUUAACUAAGCUCUUGCUGAUGCAGCUCAAGUGAGGGACAAGGGUAACUCUGUCAUGCUGUGAGGCAGCACAGCCUGCAAUCUGUUCUGUGGUGUAUGUGCAGGGCUUUGUGGCAGCCACUCUGCUGGUUAUGUAAUAUAAAGUCAUCCCAGAAAGA